AGCGGCUUUCCUCUGUUGUAGUCCACAGUGCAACACAUCUUCUCAGAGAUGCAGCUGCCUUUGACUCCACUGUCCUUCUCUGGGACACUCCUUUUGAUGGCAAUGUCAAAUUUUCUCCUUUGGGAACAUGUGACCUCCUCAGCAAGUCCUCGUUUAUCCACUAGAAACUUGUACCAGCGUGUGGUUGAAUUGUCACACUGCACCCAUGAUCUUGCCUCAAAAGUUUUCACUGACUUUAAUAUGAAGUUUGGUAAGAGUAUUUGCAGACAGAAACUGAUGUUAUACACCUGCCACACCUCCUCUAUUCCUACUCCAGAAAACAGAGAGCAAGUCCACCAAACAAACUCGGAAGAUCUCCUGAAAGUGACGAUCAGUGUUUUACAAGCCUGGGAGGAGCCUGUGAAGCACAUGGUGGCUGCAGUAGCUGCUCUUCCAGGUACAUCUGAUGCCAUGCUGUCAAGAGCAAAAGAGUUGGAGGAAAGAGUUUUAGGCCUUCUGGAGGGACUGAAGAUCAUACUCAACAGGAUUCAUCCUGGAGCUGUUGAAAAUGACUAUACUUUCUGGUCUGGAUGGUCAGAUUUGCAGUCAUCUGAUGAAGCUACUCGUAACAUUGCUUUUUAUACUAUGGGCCGUUGCCUGCGCAGGGAUACACACAAAGUUGAUAAUUAUCUCAAGGUUUUGAAAUGCCGAGAUAUCCAUAAUAACAACUGCUGAGCUCAAAUCCUUAACCACUGUCAUGGAGAAGGUCCAGACCUCAAAGUUCCAUUGAGUCUUUACCUUUUGGUUCAUUCCUUGGUUUAAUGGGCAUGUUAUUCAAAAAUAAACAUUGAUUCUUUGAAAUGCUUAAUUCAAAAUGA